CUAAUAUUAAAGUGUUUGAAUAUACAAUGGAAGUCAAUGCAGUAUGUUUCCAAGAGUACGCAUAAAAUAACUUGAGCAUAUUGAAGCAUCUUUCAAGCGUAUCAUGUUUGAAAUGCUUAAAACCACAUCACAAUAAUAACGCAAAUUGUAAUAUUCCUGUACCAUGUUAUGUUUGAACAUACGACAGUUUUUGUUUUUUUGUUAAACGUUUUCACGUUAGUAGAUGCAAGUAAUUUCACUCAUGCAAAUAUCCAGUUGAGGACCAUUUCUUUGUUCUGUUCAUGCUAGUUUCUGCUCAAAUGAAUUGCACUGUAGCGCCCUCGUGUGGUGAUGAUCAAAAGUACGAAGAAAAAGUUCAGAUGACUCCUGAGCAACGGGGACGCACUUCCCUGGAUACGGGUUGAUGACAAACCUUGCUGGGGCAUGCUAGCUACAGGUGCACAAUGUCUACCAUAUAAACACGCAAAAAUUAUAUUUUUGUUUUCAUAAAGAGAAUAGCUGCAAUAACAGAUGUCCAAAACUGGUAUUCGGUUAACUUAGUGGUCUGAGCAGACAGUGUCCGUGACAGUGUACUAAUGUGCAGGCUGCAACUUGUGCAGGCUGCAACUUCGAAUAUGCUUGUUUACUGAUAGCACAGAACAACAUGAUACAGAGUGAAAAGCAAAGACAUAAUGGUGAUGAGGAGGCUGUCAAAGAACUGUGUAUUGCCAAUGGGGUGUCUUAUGAGAAGAUACCCCAGGAAGGUAGCAGCAUCACAGCCCUGGAGGUGUUCUUUUCAGGUUAUCCUCGUAUGGUUGGCCUCUCCCUUUUUCCAAGGCUGUGCCAGCUCACAUUGGUAGGCCAGAGUAUCAGUCACAUCAAGGGCCUUGAGUCCUGUCCCCUGCUUCGGGAGUUCUGGGUGGUGGAAUGCCAGCUGACAGACAUUUCUGGACUUCAGAAUUGCCAUCAGUUACAGAAGCUGUACCUCUAUGACAAUCAGAUCAGUAAGAUUGAGAAUUUGGAGUCACUUGUCAAUCUACAGGUGCUGUGGCUUAACAAUAACUUCAUCACUCACAUAGAGGGAUUAAACAGACUUCAAAAGCUGAGAGAGCUGAAUUUAGCUGACAAUAACAUUGAGAAGAUAGGACACAGUCUUGAUCCUAAUAUCAGCAUUGAAAAUCUGAAUUUAUCUGGGAACAAGAUCUGCUCUUUUAAGGAGCUGACCCUCCUGGCCCCAUUGACCUGUCUGAGAGAGUUGGGACUGAAGGACCCCCAGUCAAGUCCCACCCCAGUAUGUCUGCUGUGUAACUAUGCCACCCACGUGCUCUACCACAUGCCAGGCCUCCAGCGGCUUGACACCUACGACGUCUCCAGCAAGCAUUUGAAGGACGCUGCUGAGUCCACUGUGAUUAAGAAGAUGAUGUACUACAACAUGCGUGUGCGGACAGCCCAGAGGAACCUGGCAGAGACCCAGGCCAAUCUGCUGGAGAACAAGAGGAAUCUCUUACAGCUGCCAGAGGACCGCAUCAGAGCUCUCAAUUAUGCCCUCAAAAACCUGGAGUGUGAGCUGUCGGAGGUGCAGGCUCUGUGCAGGAAUUCGGCCCGUACCUGGGAGGAUGGACUGUCACCGCUGAGUGAGGGCUCAGGGGACCGCAGUGACACCCUUGCUGACAUCACCCGCGACCCCGGCCUGGAACACAAGAUCCUCUCCAAGCUGGACACCCUGAAGGAGAGGUUGCAAUUUUGGAACAGGAAGCUGGAGGAGAUUGAGUCCUGUUACCAGCGGGACUUGGCCCAAGCCACCAAAAGGAACGAGAUGAUGGUCUACUUUCUGCUGAUGGAGCUUGAGACAGUGGGGAAUAUUCGGUUUGAAGAGGGCUGCUCCACAGACCCCUGGUUCACUUCCUGUUAUGACCUUCUGCUCUCACGGUUCUGUGCGUGGGACUACAAGGCUCAUGGCAUCACUGGCAUUAAGAUCAACCGUAUCAUCCGCAUCCAUAACCGUUCUCUGCGGCUUCGUUUCGAGGACAAGCUUCAUACCCUGUUGGCCAGCGAGGAGUCGACAAUGUUCUCACAGAAUUACAAACGCUGGCUGGAGUACCUGUUCUAUGUGUCUGAUCCUGAAAGAACCAGUGAGAAGAAUGAGAUGUUGCACAUUCCAGAGGACGGCUUUAAAACAGCAGAUAUGUAUAAGGCCCUGGGCAGAGAGAGAGCUGUACCCUUGUCUAACAGCCUGAGUGUGAUGGACAGCCCCAGGAUUGAGUACACACAGCGACAGGCCAACCAAGGCACCUCCAAGCAGAGCAUAGACCCUCUUCUUUUCAGACAUGGUCAGCUCAUAGUGUCCAAAGUGUUCCUGGGCCGCAGCUUCCCCAUCCAUGAAGGGGAUUCAGUGGACGCCCUCAACUACCCCAAAGCUCACUCUGUUUACCGCAAUGUGAGCCCAGAGCAGGUCCAUAAGACAAAUGGAGAGAGGCCUUGCUCCUCCAAGAUCCACAGUGGCUGUGACUGCAGUCUGAGACAGAGUCAGUGGUUUGUAUUUGACCGUGAGCUUGUCCUGCCGGAGUACCUCAUCGACUUUGAGUAUAUCUCGCAGGACCGAGCACAGCCUGCGUUCCCAGAGCCCAACAGCAGAGGCACAGACGACACCCCUCCCAACGAUAUCAACCUGGACGAGGAAACUCUAAACAUGGAGCCCAUGCUCAAACCGCGGCCCAAGCUGCUGAGCCUGGACGAGAAGACUUUACUCAAUGUAGCCAGGGCCAACGUCCUCAGUCAGAUUACAGUGUUGAAUCUCCAUGGCAACAGCCUGAGUAAGCUGAAGGAGAUCUCUCGUCUGACAGCCCUGCGCCGCCUGACUAUCAGCUUCAAUGAGUUUACACAACUAGAUGACAUCUCCCACAUGCCCAACCUGGAGUUUGUGGACGCCAGCUACAACCACCUGCUGACCCUGGAGGGGCUGAGGGGUCUGGGGCGGCUCAAUCAACUGGACCUACGCUGGAACCAGCUGACCCGCGCUAGGGAGGAGACUGCUGUGCUCCGGAAACAUGCCCCCACCCUGCUGAGACUGGACACCCGCCACAACCCCUGGCAUAGGCCCGAGGCGGUAAGGAUGACGGUUCUGGGACGUCUGAUUAGCCUUACACACCUGGAUGACAUGCUGGUGACAGAGGAAGAGGCAGGCGCUGCUGUUCAGAUGGCUGCAAGCUCCAGAAUCAGCCAGGCAUCUCUGCUGGCCCACUCCCGGACGGACAGUGAGCGUCCCCGCAGUCUCAGCCUGCUCUCUGCAGCCCAGCUCCUGGAUCAACUCAGCCCCUCGCCCUGGGACAUCACUGGAGACCUAGAGCAAGGCUGGACCACCAAGAUCACAGCCCUUAACCUUGACAGCCAGAGGCUCUCCAGGCUCACCAACCUGGACAAACUGGUCAACCUGCGCUGGGCCUCCUUCAAUGACAACAACAUCUCUAAAGUGGAGGGUCUGGACAACUGCCAGCAUCUAGAGGAGCUGUCCCUCAACGACAACUGCAUCUCUAGGCUAGACGGUGUGUCCAAACUGCACCAGCUCACUAAGCUCAGUGUGAAUGGGAACCAGCUGUCCUGUCUGGACGGCACUGUCCUGGACCGGAUGCCCAACCUCCACUUCUUGUCUGUGGAGAACAACUGCAUUGGCUCCCUGAACGGGGUGCAUAGGGCCCGCUCACUAUUCGAGCUGUACAUAGGCAACAACAUCAUCACCUCCACACGAGACAUCUACCACUUAAAGGCUUUGACAAACUUAAUCAUUCUGGAUCUGUAUGGUAAUCCUUUAGUGGAGAAACUGGAAAGCUAUAGGAUUUAUGUGGUGUUCCAUCUACCCUCUCUAAAGGCACUGGAUGGGGUUGCAGUGGAAAUGACGGAGUGUGAAAAUGCCAAGGAUGUGUUUGGUGGACGCCUGACCCCUGACAUGGUGGCAGAGAAACUGGGACACUCCAACUACUCCGACGUCGUUGAUCUCAACCUGCAGUCCAGUGCCAUCAGUAUGGUGGACCUGGCCCCAGCAGACCUGUUCCACAACAUGCGCAGUGUCAACCUGGAGCACAACAACCUCACCUCCUUCAGUGGCCUUGUCUACCUGCCCAACAUCAAGGCACUAUGUUUGAACUAUAAUCACAUAGAAUCCAUCCUGCCCAGGCAGAAGGCCCAGGCCCCCUUGACUAACAGACAGAUUCUCUACCACAAGGUGAACUCCAGUGGCUAUGGCCAGCAGGGCUCAUCAAAAGGCAGCAGGGAAGUGGGUCCUGUGGACAGCCUAGAGCCACUAAUGAGCAGCCUGGAGGUGCUGCAUUUGAGCCACAAUGGCAUCUCAAAUAUGGCCAAUCUGCAGCUCAGCAGGCUAACAAAUCUCAAAGCACUCUUCCUCCAAGGUAAUGAGAUCAGCCAGGUGGAGGGCUUGGAGGGUCUGCAUCAGCUCCGGGAGCUGGUCUUGGACCGGAACCGGAUCAAGGCCCUGGGGGAGAACUCCUUUUUUGGUCAGGCUUUUCUGCUGGAGCUGCACCUGGCAGAGAACCGCCUCCGUGAACUUAACCACCUCCAACCCCUUACCAAACUGAGGAGGCUGUUCCUGGGCAUGAACAAACUACAGGACAUCUCAGAGCUGGACAAGCUAGAAGUCCUUCCCUCCCUGAUUGAGCUGUCAGUUGUAGGGAAUCCUGUGGCCUGGCGAUCCCUCCAUAGGCCGGCAGUGGUACUACGCCUCUCCAGACUGCAGGUUCUGGAUGGGGUGAUGGUCACCCUGGAGGAGAGGACCAAGGCUGAGCUACUCUGCACAGAGGUCCAGGUGGGAGUUAUGCGCCCAAUGGCUCAUGGGUCCGGCAUGGAUAUGAACCUGCCUGGCCUGCUUCCCCUCAUGUCCCGAACUGCCCCUCUGCGGGGGACCAGUCUGAGUGGAGGACUGCAUCUGCAGCACUUCCUGGGUCAUGAGAUCGUGAUGCCCUGCAACUUGGAUGAAGCACUGCCCCAUGACACGCCCAAACACAAGAAGCAAAAACACAGCAGCGCUGCCAACCACGCCCGCAGUGCCCAGGCAGAGAUGACCUAUAGGCAGAUCAGAGGAAUGGCAAGUACCCUGCCAUCCACCGGCCUCCUUCCUAACGGGUACAGGGUCCUGAUUACCAACCUCGAGCAGGACAGCAGAUUCCAGAGUGGUGGUGCUCCUAAACCCCCACCCAUUUAGCACCCCAGGGGUUUGGUCAGAGGAAUGGGGGACACUACUGUGGGCACGAGGAAGUAGAGAAAUAGGAGGAUCCUGAUACUCCUGUGUAGGUCAUUGCACACAUGCAGAGUAAGAGUGGGAGGUAUUGUUCAGCUGAAUUCGGUUCACUUCUGCUCCAUAGAUUGUAGAUUAGUGAACUGCGGAUAACCCCCUUUCCUUUAGUUUGUCUAUUUAUAAAUGUACACUGAAAAAAAAUAUAAACUCAACAUGUAAAGUGUUGGUCCCAUGUUUCAUGAGCUGAAAUAAAAGAUCCCAGAAAUGUUCCAUACACACAAAAAGCUUGUUUCUCUCAAAUUUUGUGCACAAAUUUGUUUACAUCCCUGUUAGUGAGCAUUUCUCCCUUGCUAAGAUAAUCCAUCCACCUGACAGGUGUGGCAUAUCAAGAAGCUGAUCAAACAGCAUGAUCAUUACAAGGUGCACCUUGUGCUUGGGACAAUAAAAGGCCACUCUAAAAUGUGUAGUUUUGUCACACAACACAAUGCCACAGAUUCACACAACACAAUGCCACAGUCUCAAGUUUCUAGGGAGCGUGCAAUUGGCAAGCUGACUGCAGGAAUGUCCACCAGAGCUGUUGCCAGAUAAUUGAAUGUUAAUUUCUUUACCAUAAGCUGCCUCCAAUGUCAUUUUAGAGAAUUUGGCAGUACGUCCAACAGGCCUCACAACCGCAGACCACGUGUAUGGCAUUGUGUGGGCGAGCGGUUUGCUGAUAUCAACGUUGUGAACAUAGUGCCACAUGGUGACGGUGGGGUUAUGGUAUGGGCAGUCUUAAGCUACGGACAACAAACACAAUUGCAUCUAAUCGAUGGCAAUUUGAAUGCACAAAAACACUGUGACGAGAUCCUGAGGCCUAUUUUUUUCACAGGUUUCUGUGACCUAUAGAUGCACAUCUGUAUUCCCAGUCAUGUGAAAUCCAAAGAUUAGGGCAUAAUGAAUGUAUUUCAAUUGACUGAUUUCCUCAUAUGAACAGUAAGUCAGUAAAAUCUUUGAAAUUGCUGCAUGUUGCGUUCUAUAUUUUUGUUCAGUAUAUUUACUUUAGUGACAUAUAAUGUGAAACAUGAACUGCUGUAUGCUUUGUCAAAAUAUAUGUGAUGUCUAUACUUUAGGUUUUUUCUUUUCAUUUUCACAAACACGUUUAGGGCCAGUGAGCUGAUGAUACUUGAAAAGAGCUACAUGUCCAGUUGAAGUCGGAGGUUUACAUACACUUAGGUUGGAGUCAUUAAAACUCGUUUUUCAACCACUCCACAAAUUUCUUGUUAACAAACUAUAGUUUUGGCAAGUCGGUUAGGACAUCUACUUCGUGCAUGACACAAGUAAUUUUUCCAACAAUUGUUUACAGACAGAUUAUUUCACUUAUAAUUCACUGUAUCACAAUUCCAGUGGGUCAGAAGUUUACAUACACUAAAUUGACUGUGCCUUUAAACAGCUUGGAAACUUCCAGAAAUGAUGUCAUGGCUUUAGAAGCUUCUGAUAGGCUAAUUGACAUCAUUUGAGUCAAUUGGAGGUGUACCUGUGGAUGUAUUUCAAGGCCUACCUUCAAACUCAGUGCCUCUUUGCUUGACAUCAUGGGAAAAUCAAAAGAAAUCAGCUAAGACCUCAGAAAAAGAAUUGUAGACCUCCACAAGUCUGGUUCAUCCUUGUGAGCAAUUUCCAAACGCCUGAAGGUACCAUGUUCAUCUGUACAAACAAUAGUAAGCAAGUAUAAACACCAUGGGACCAAACAGCUGUCAUACCGCUCAAGAAGGAGACGCGUUCUGUCUCCUAGAGAUCAUCUCUACCUUGUGAAGAUACUGUGAAGACCUUGUGAAGAUGCUGGAGGAAACGGGUACAAAAGUAUCUAUUUCCACAGUAAAACGAGUCCUAUAUUCACACAACCUGAAAGGCCGCUCAGCAAGGAAGAAGCCACUGCUCCAAAACCGCCAUAAAAAAGCCAGAAUAUGAUUUGCAACUGCACAUGGGGACAAAGAUAGUACUUUUUGGAGAAAUGUCCUCUGAUCUGAUGAAACAAAAAUAGAACUGUUUGGCCAUAAUGACCAUCGUUAUGUUUGGAGGAAAAUGGGGGAUGCUUGCAAGCCAAAGAACACCAUCCCAACCGUGAAGUAAGGGGGUGGCAGCAUCAUGUUGUGGGGGUGCUUUGCUGCAGCUUUGCUUUGCUGCAGGAGGGACUGGUGCACUCCACAAAAUAGAUGGCAUCAUGAGAAAGGAAAAUUAUAUGGAUAUAUUGAAGCAACAUCUCAAGACAUCUGUCAGGAAGUUAAAGCUUGGACGCAAAUGGGUCAUGACCCCAAGCAUACUUUCAAAGUUGUAGCAAAAUGGCUUAAGGACAACAGAGUCAAGGUAUUGGUGUGGCCAUCACAAAGCCCUGACCUCAGUCCCAUAGAAAAUGUGUGGGCAGAACUAUAAAAGCGUGUUCGAGCAAGGAGGCCUACAAACCUGACUCAGUUACACCAGCUCUGUCAGGAGGAAUGGGCCAAAUUAACUCAACUUAUUGUGGGAAGCUUGUGGAAGGCUACCCGAAACGUUUGACCCAAGUGAAACAAUUUAAAGGCAAUGCUACCAAAUUCUAAUUGAGUGUAUGUAAACUUCUGACCCACUGGGAAUGUGAUGAAAGAAAUAAAAGCUGAAAUAAAUCAUUCUCUCUACUGUUAUUCUGACAUUUCAUAUUCUUAAAAUAAAGUGGUGAUCCUAACUGAUGUAAAACAGGGAAUUCUUACUGGGAUUAAAUGUCAGGAAUUGUGAAAAACUGAGUUUAUAUGUAUUUGGCUAAGGUUUAUAUAAACUUCUGACUUCAACUGUGUAUACAGUAUCCGUAUGUUAGGAGAGUGGGGCAUGAACAAAUGUCUCUUUCUAUCCACAACUGUUAUUCUCCAACCAGUGACCACUGUAAUCUAUUUAAUACUGUGAGGUUUGGAGUCAUGUCCAUUACACUCCUUUCCUUGCCUCCAAAACUGAAAAAAUAAUAAACACCCACAGAUGCAA